AUGUCGAGCAGGCCGCCAACUUUAUCGCCCGAGGAGCCUGUCGACAGCUACGUGGGUUGCCGGUUCCAUGAGAACGCCACUGCGUGUGAAUGGGGAGAGUCAUACCGUCCGGGGGGCUACCACCCCGUCCAACUCGGCGAUACCUUUUUGAAUGGUCGGUUCCACGUGAUCCGCAAGAUUGGAUACGGCUCCUUUUCUACAGUGUGGCUUGCGCAUGACGACCUCUCUAAUAAACUGGUGGCAAUAAAAGUUGUCGUAGCGCGACUUGAUCAGUCCACCCUCGACAAGGAAAUAUGUCUAUAUCAUGAACUGGCCAAGGUGGCACCGCAUUCCAGCCUCUCCCAAUAUUUUGUCGGACUAAAAGAGCAAUUUCAGCUCGAAGGGCCUAAUGGUCGACAUAACUGUCUAGUCUUUGACUCCAUGGGGCCGGAUCUUCCAACUACGAUACGUCGCUCCCGGGAGUAUCAAGUUGGGCAACCCUGGGAUGACGACUUCUGUCAACGCUUUCCUUUACAGCUUGCGAAGAAAGUUCUGAGAGAGGUGCUUCUCGGUUUACAGUUUCUCCAUGCCAACAGGAUAGUGCAUGGGGAUCUCCAUGCGGGCAACAUAUUAGUCAGUAUCCGUCCGCAGGACUGCGAAGCUGGUACCAUUGAGAAACUACGUCAGAACCCGGACGACGGGGAACCCUUGCGACGGCUCGAUGGCAAAAUCGAUCUGUGGGCACCUACCUAUCUGCUGCCUCCCGCGGGCCUUUUAACAUACGUCUCGACUGAGCUUGACCCAUUCGUCAAACUGGUCGACCUGGGUGGCUCAUUUCGCUUUGACGAAAACCCGACCAAAAUCACAACCCCUCGAGCCCUCAGGGCACCGGAGACGAUCCUGAAGCUCCCAGUCGGGCCAAGCAUCGAUAUAUGGAGCUUUGGGUGCCUCGCUUUCGAACUGAUCACCGGCCAUGACCUGAUUGGCCUACCGUCCUUACUCAUGGGAGAUGGGCCAGAGACAAUUGAUGAUGAACAUCUAAUCAAAUUGUCAGAGAUAAUCGGCCCUCUGCCAGAAUUACUUUUCGAUGCUUGGAGGCGCGGGCCUGCGUACUUUGGUCCAGAUGGAAAGCGUAUGAUAGUUGCAGAAGAAAAAGACGUUGAUGAAGAAAGUAUGGGCUAUGAGUCUGAUACGGAGAAUCCAGUCGACCUUUCGGAUCUAGAGGACACUGAGCUCGACGAGAAUCCUGUAAGUCCUGACAUGGAUUGCUCCGAAGACCCACUGGCAUAUACUCGACUUUCUGAACCCCUCGAAAAUAUGUUCCGAAGAUGGAAACCAGAGGGCACCAGUGACACCGAGGAGAAGGAUAUAUUGCAUUUGUUGCGGUGGGUUCUACAGUUGGAGGCUAAGGAUCGGCCGACGGUGGAAGGUAUCCUCGGACACAAGUGGUUCCAGAUAUGA